AUGUCGGCUGUCAAGGACGCUGUGGAUGCUUUGAAGCUGGAAAGUGAUCGUCACCACGCCAAUGAGCAACGCACGAAAGUUCUCAACUGGGUCGCCCCGUUUGAUUACACCGUUCAGCAGAACUAUUUUCGUCAACGAAAAACGGGGACGGGCCAAUGGUUUCUGGACUCGGCGGAAUUCAAGUCAUGGGUGGAGACGGAGAAGCAGACGUUAUUCUGCCCGGGCAUUCCGGGAGCGGGAAAGACAAUCCUGACAUCAAUCGUGAUUAACGAGCUGACGAGCCGCUUCGGGAAUGACGAUUCCUUCGGCAUUGCAUACAUCUAUUGCAACUUCCGACGGAAGCACAACCAGACGGCCGAAGACCUCCUCGCGAAUCUAUUAAGACAGCUGGCUCAAGACCGGCCAUCCCUGCCAAAAAGCGUGCAAUCAUUCUACGAUGACUGCAAGGGGCAACGGCCAUCGCUCGACCAAAUCUCAACUACGCUUCAGUCUGUGAGUAAGAUGCAUUCGAAGGUUUUCAUCGUCAUCGACGCACUUGAUGAAUGCCCAACUCUUGAGGGCUGCCGAUCCACAUUUCUGGAGGCUAUCGUCGAUCUUCAGGCCAAAUGUAAAGCAAAUGUCUUUGCAACUUCCAGAUUUAUCCCAGAAAUUAUGGAGGAGUUCGAUGGAUGUGUUCGGCUGGAAAUACAUGCAAAGGCCGAAGAUGUAGGACUAUAUGUGGAUAGCAGGAUGUCGCAUCUACCAUCGUUUGUCAGAAGGAGACAAGAUCUCCAGAAAGAAAUCAAAUCUGAGAUUAUUCAAACUGUUGAUGGCAGGUUCUUGCUUGCACAGCUCCGAUUUAAUUCCUUGAUUGGAACGACAACUCCGAAUCAGCUCCGAGCUGCUCUAAAACAGUGGUCUACCAAUUCAGAAGUGCUUGGCGCGUACGACCAUGCAUAUGAUGAAACAAUGGAGCGUAUUAAAGCAGUCCCCUACCGAAGCGAGCUUGCUAUGCAAGUCCUAUCUUGGAUCACCUACACAAAGAGGCCGCUCACAUCGACGGAGCUUCAACACGCCCUUGCGGUAAGACCUGGCAAACCCAACCUUGACGAGGACGACCUUCCGGAAAUAGAAGGUAUGGUCUCUGUAUGUGCUGGAUUGGUCACAAUAGACAAGGGAAGCAAUAUCAUCCGGUUGGUCCACUACACCACGCAACAAUACUUCGAGAGAACGCAAAACCGUUGGUUUGAUAACGCUCAAGCGGCGAUCACGACAAUCUGCACCACAUAUCUCUCAUUCAGCGUCUUUGAGAGCGGGUUUUGUCAAAAAGACGAUGAAUUUGAGGAGCGGCUGCGAUCGAAUCCGCUUUAUGAUUACGCCGCACACUACUGGGGACAUCAUGCUUGCGAUUUAUCGAACUUUCCAGAGCAAAUACUGGACUUCCUACGACUUGAGAAGAAUGUCGAGGCGUCAAGCCAAGCACUGAUGGCUGUCGAGGAGUUCUCGGGGCAGAGAAGGUUCAGCCAAGGAGCUCCAAAGGAAAUGACCGGAGUACAUUUGGCGGCAUACCUUGGAGUAACUGAAGCGGUAAGAAUCCUCACACUUGAGCAGAAUCCAGAUGCAAAAGACAGUCACAAUCGGACGCCGUUGUCGUGGGCAGCCGAGAGAGGGCACACCGACGUUGUCAAGCUGCUGCUGGAUACCGUUAUUGUCGACGUCAACUCGACAGACAAACAUUUUGGUCUAACACCACUAUCGUAUGCCGCUGGGGAAGGACACCAGGCUGUUGUCGAGAUACUGCUUGCAGCCAAGGAAAUCGACAUCAACUCAAAGGAUACGAGUUUUGGUCUCACGCCGCUGGAGCACGCUGAGGAAAACGGACACAUGGAGAUUGCUCACCUGCUUCGUGAAAGCAGAAGAAUUAGCUCAAACUCGAAAAGUGGUUCAGAUCACGAGAGGAUCUCAUAUGCCAGCCCACCCGUUAGUGAGCUGGGCGACGACACGGACACAGUGCUUGAGACGCUGUCUGGUAUGUAG